UGCUGCCUGUCUGCACUGUAAUCAUGAGUUUUGAAGGCAAGGUAGUGCUUAUAACUGGUGCCAGCUCCGGCAUUGGAGCCGCCACGGCAGUUGAAUUCGCCAAAAACGGUGCCAGUGUUGCCAUCGUAGGCAGGAACGUGGAAAAAUUGAACAAAGCAGCCGAAAACUGUUCCAAAUAUUCAAAACCGUUGGUAAUCAAGGCUGACAUAGGAGACGACGAAGAGUGCAAAAAAAUUGUUGAAUCUGUCAUAAAAGCAUUUGGAAAACUCGAUGUGUUGGUCAACAAUGCUGGGAUGAUGCGAAAUGCGCCUAUUUCAGAUGGAAACUUCUUGGAAAUGUAUGAUGAGACCAUGAAAGUUAAUGUGCGAGCGCAUCUUAAUGUGACUUCCCUAGCAGUGCCAUAUCUGAUCAAAACUAAAGGUAAUAUUAUCAAUAUAUCAAGUGUCGCUGGCUCCUUGGCACCGAAUAUUAAAGGUGCUACCCCAUAUUGUGUCUCAAAAGCGGCGUUAAAUCAUUUUACACGCUGUGCAGCCAUCGAAUUGGCGGGUGAAGGCGUACGAGUCAACACAGUGAGCCCUGGGCCAGUUAUAACCGAUUUUAUGGAUAACGCUGGUAUGAAAGAUAUUAAGAUAGAUAAUUUUGGCGACUCUAUGCCAUUGAAGCGUGUGUCGCAGUCUGUGGAAAUUGCGGAUAUGAUAUUAUUUUUGGCAAGUGACAAAGCUGUCGGUGUGACAGGAGCGGAAUUUGUUGUUGACAAUGGUUAUCUGAUCAAGAACUAAAUUGUCAUAAUUAUAUUAUACAAUUGUAUGUAAUAAAAAUAUAUUUUACACAAACAAAAUUUAUGCUCGUAUAUUUUUAUAACCAUAGUCAAAUAUUCGCUUCUAUUAGCUAUAUUUUUGGUCAAAACAAAAUAAUUACGUAUAUAACAUUACAAUUAUAUUCAUACCUCCCUCGGACAUGGCGCAGAGAUGGCGGUAGAUAAUAAACAACAAUAUACUUGUUCCUCCAACUAUCUCGACCUUCCGACUAAAGUCUUUGAAAAGCGACUUAGUGCAUUACUUUUGGAAAAAAUGUUCUAUUCAAUAAAUGAUUAUUUUUGCGACAUUGUAAUUUAUACAAAUUUAAUAAAG